GCGCGCGGCGCGACAGCCUGGCCGGUCCCGGCUUUCGCGUCACCCCGACCCCGGCCCCGGCCCCGGCCCCGACUUCAACCUCGGCCCGGGCCCACCUGUGCCGCGGCCCGCCAAACGCGCCGGUAGAGGAGCCCCCAGCUACGCCCGCAGAGCUUUGGGUGCCCAGGAGGGGACCAUGCCGUGCCGGAGGGAGGAGGAAGAGGAAGCCGGCGAGGAAGCGGAGGGGGAGGAGGAGGAGGACGACGACAGCUUCCUCUUGCUGAAGCAGUCGGUGACGCUGGAAGGCUCGGGCGAGGUGGACCGACUGGUGGCCCAGAUCGGCCAAACGCUGCAGCUGGACGCGGCGCACGACAGUCCGGCUUCCCGGUGCGUGCCCCCGGGGCCGCCGCUGCAGCCCCCGGUGGCGCUGCCGGCAGACAAGGCCCUGUCCCCGGCCGUUCCGCUGCUGUUGCGGCCCGUGUCCGCCGAGGCUGGGGGGCUAGCGCCCCCAGGAGCCCUACGCUGCGCCCUCGGGGACCGCGGUCGCGUGCGAGGUCGCGCUGCGCCCUAUUGCGUGGCGGAGCUCUCCUCAGGCCCAAGCGCGCUGUCCCCACUGUCCUCUCAGCCCGGCCUUGAUGGGCCUCCCGGAGCUGGCAAACAGGGCAUCCCGCAGCCUCUGUCCGGCCCGUGCCGGCGAGGAUGGCUACGGAGUGCUGCCGCGUCCCGCCGACUGCAGCAGCGACGCGGGUCCCAACCCGACACCUGCACUGGCGACGAGGAUCCGCACCGACUCCUGCAGCAGCUCGUGCUCUCGGGAAACCUCAUCAAGGAGGCAGUCAGGAGGCUUCAUUCGCGACGUCUGCAGUUACACGCAAAGCUUCCCCAACACCCGCUCCUGGGUCCUCUGUCGGCUCCAGUGCACGAGCCCCCUUCACCCCGAAGCCCUAGAGCGGCCUGCAGUGAUCCUGGUGCGUCCGGGAGGAGGGCGCAACUCAGAGCCACAGACGGCGUUCUUGUCCCUGGAAGCUAACAGCCAAGGUGGUCACAGCGCCAGCCUCUGACUAUGGGACAAGGGAUUCCCUCGAGGGCUGCGACCCUGUUCAGACUAGUGGAGAACUCUCGCUUUCAGAAGUAGAAAAAAAUAAGUUAAUGAAGACUGGGAACCAAAAAAUCGCCAAUGUCUUCGUGGGGAACUGAGGUCGAGGGCCCCAAUCCAGGAUUUCAUUAGCCCUAUUUAAGGCAGAUAUUACAGAGCGCACCCCAAGCUCACACUCAGUAGGACUCCUUGUUUGGCGUGACCCGUGACCGGAUUGCGCAGUGUGCGGUUCCGCGCAGCCUCUGGGGCCAGCCGGGUGACCACGUGGCCACGGGCCACACUUCUCAGGAUCGCCAAGCUUCACAACGACGGGAGCAUGGUCCCAGUUACUUGCUUUACCUUUUCAGGGCUGGUUCCUGAUCCACUUCGAGAGAAGGGGACAAGAGUAGACGAUAAUUUCAGGAAUCUACCCCAAUCAACCGGAUUCGAAAUUUUACGACACUUAAAAUAUCAUCUCGUGACUUUGGGGGGUAUUGGUUUUAAUAUAGAAAAUGUGGUACUACGAAAACACUCUCUUGGGGUUGAAUAGGAGUAACCUUUUUUUCCUCAGCUCUCUCUUUGCAACUGACUGCAGUUUUCAGGGUGCUGGGUGAGGACUGUAGCCACAGAUGGGUAUGGUAGGCGGCGGCGGGCGUGUUGGGUGGUGGAAGGGUAAGGCGAGUCGUGGAAUGAACCCCGUCUUCUCUAAUGUGUGUUUUCGCUGCCCGGCCUGCCCUUCCUAGAGUUCAAGGUCACUGUUUUCCUGGGCACGCACUGUGUUGCGGGACUCCUGCAGGGAGGGUAACCGGGUCUGCCUGUGCUCGGAGAAGAGCGCUGUGUUUUGCAAGUGCUUGAGUCUCCUGAGGACACGCGCGCCGCGCCACCAUGAGUGGGGAAGUAGAGAGGUGCCGGGAGCCUGUGCUUCCUGUGGGUGGCCACCGCCCCUGCUCGGGCUCCGUGCUUUCACGGAAAAUGUCGUGAGAUGUGGUCCAGGGUCCCUCCUCAGCCCCUCGGCUCUGUUCCCCUAUUCAAGCGGGUGGCGCAGGCUAUUCUGGGGGCCAGGUCGAGGGCCUAGCAAUGCACCACGUGACAGGCACUCAAGGGACACAGCCUCACACAGCAUCUUAUAAUGGGCUCUCCAGGGCCAUUUGCAAUAACAGCUGCAAUUCCCUGGGUAGACAGAGUUGAUUUCCUCCCCCUGCCCCUCCCCCAGCCGUGCUCGCCUUUGUAAGUGAAAGAAACCGAGUAGAAAAUGUGACCCUCCAAAUAGAGAAGCUGCAGGCUUUGCCAUUGUGAUCAUGGUGAAGUGCAUGGAACAUACUGUUCACUCCCUCUGAGGGCGCUGAGACCGUUUUGUUGUUUUAGUUUUAUAAAGAGUCAUUGGCUUGUUCAGCAUCCAGAUGUGGUUGUUGACAUAUCUACACUUCGCACCGGAGUGUCUGGAAUCGUGGCUAUCCUGAUUAUAGGAUUUUAACUUAACUGAAAGACCUGUUUUGAAUAAAUGUGUUGGUUUUUUUGUUUGGUUUAA